AUGGAACGAAGAAGCACAGAAAACGAACCCUUCAUCUCUAAGGAAUCUUGCGAGCUCGGGGAGUCCCGCGAUUGUAAUAAGCCAUCACGAAACCUAAAAUCUCUCUUCAACCCAGCACCAAUCACCAUCGCCGUUAUUGUCACGGCCAUAACUUCAUGCAUCUUAACUCUACUAGUACAAUCCGCAUAUUUCGCAUUUAUUGAGCCGAUAACGGCCCAAGAUAAAGUUACUCAAGCGCAGGGAUCAACCUCGCUCCCGAAGUUAAACAUUCCGACAUUAGGAACAAUCCCCAAGAUCUUCCAAGAUGAUCCAAUAUACCUCAACCGCUCAACCGAGGAAGGAAGGAAGGCAAGCGAGAAAGCCUGGAAAAGCUUAAUCCCCACCACUCCGUUGCCGGAAUCCCUCGUAUCACAGGAUACCACACAUAAAGGGCAAUUCGCCGUCUCCUCCUUCCAUCAAUUGCAUUGUUUGCAUAUGGUUGUCAAGUCCUAUUUUAGCGCUUUGGGGUCUCAUGAUCAUGAUGUUGUGCAUACGAAGCAUUGUUUGGAGUAUUUGAGGAAUAGUAUUGUUUGCUCCGCGGAUUCGGCUUUGGAGCCGUGGAAGAAGGAGCUUAAUGGUGUAGAUGGAUUUGGUAAUGUACAUAUGUGUCGGGAUUUUGAAGGAUUGUUCAAAUGGGCUGAGGAGUUUAGGGCUACUGAUGUUUAG